GGACGCUGCGGGCAGUGAGACAGGGCCUGCGGGAAGCAGCUAUACCAGCACGGUUAAGUGCAGCGUCCCCCGCGCUCUAGGCAGCCCCGGCGUCUCCUCCUCGCGCCCGCCAUGCCCGAACAGCUCAGUGUCGCGGAGUUCCUGGCCGUCACCGCGGAGGACCUCAAUUCCCCAGCCGGGGCAGCUGCCUUCGCCGCCAAGAUGCCCCGGUGCCGCGGGGCGGCGCUGGCACGGGAGGAGGUCCUGGAAGGAGACCAGGCUAUCUUACAGAGAAUCAAGAAGGCUGUUCGAGCUAUCCACAGCUCUGGCCUUGGCCAUGUGGAGACUGAGGAACAUUACCGAGAGGCCGUGGAGGCCUUGGGGAAUAGUCACCUAUCCCAGAACAGCCAUGAGCUGUCCACUGGCUUCCUGAACUUGGCCGUAUUCACCCGCGAGGUGGCUGCUCUCUUCAAGAACCUGGUUCAGAACCUGAACAACAUCGUCUCCUUCCCACUGGACAGUCUGAUGAAGGGGCAUCUAAGGGAUGGGCGACAUGAUUCCAAAAAGCAUCUGGAGAAGGCAUGGAAAGACUACGAAACCAAAGUGGCCAAGCUGGAGAAGGAGAGGGAUCGAGCCAGGUUCCCAGGAGGAAGCCACCACGGAGUGAUGUCCCAGGACACACAGCGAGAGCGACGAGUCUUCCAGCUGCACAUGUGUGAGUACCUUGUCAAAGCUGGAGAGAGUCAGGUGAAGCAGGGCCCAGACUUCCUGCAGAGCCUCAUCAAGUUCUUCCACGCCCAGCACAACUUCUUCCAAGAUGGCUGGAAGGCAGCUCAGAGCCUGUCCCCCUUCAUUGACAAGCUGGCAGCCUCAGUCCAUGGGCUUCGGCAAGCUCAGGAGGAGGAGCUGCACAAGCUCACCCAGCUCCGGGACUCCCUCCGGGGGAUGCUGCAUCUGGAGAGCAGAGAGGAGCACCCAAACCGGAAGAACUCAGGGGGCGGCUACAGCAUCCACCAGCACCAAGGCAACAAGCAGUUUGGGACUGAGAAGGUGGGCUUCCUGUACAAGAAAAGUGAUGGGAUUCGAAGAGUCUGGCAGAAGAGGAAGUGUGGAGUGAAGUAUGGCUGCCUGACCAUCUCGCACAGCAUGAUCAACAGGCCCCCAGUGAAGCUGGCCUUGCUGACGUGCCAAGUGAGGCCAAACCCUGAGGAGAAAAGGUGCUUCGACCUGGUGACCCACAAUCGUACAUACCACUUCCAUGCAGAGGACGAGCAAGAGUGUGAGGCAUGGGUGUCUGUGCUACAGAACAGCAAGGACGAAGCACUGAGUAGCGCCUUUCACGGGGAGCCCAGGGGCGGCCAGUGGUCGUGGGGCACCAGAUUGGAGACAGAGCCCCACGACCUAACCAACAUGCUCGUCGCUGAGGUGAAGAGCAGACCAGGGAAUGGCCAUUGCUGCGACUGUGGGGCACCAGAUCCCACAUGGCUCAGCACCAACCUGGGCGUGCUCACCUGCAUCCAGUGCUCGGGUGUCCACCGGGAGCUGGGCGUGCGCUUCUCCCGCAUACAGUCGCUCACCUUGGACCUCUUGGGCCCCUCGGAGCUGCUGCUGGCUUUGAACAUCGGAAACUCCCACUUCAAUGAAGUCAUGGAAGCCCACCUGCCCUCCCAUGGCUGCCCUAAACCCUCUCCUGAGAGUGACAUGAGCAGCCGCAGAAACUACAUUGUAGCCAAGUAUGUAGAACACAAGUUUGCACGCCGUUCCACACCUGAGCCCCAGAAGCUACGGACAGCCAUCUGCAGCCGGGACCUCCUGUCAGUUCUGGAGGCCUUUGCCAAUGGGCAGGACUUCGGACAGCUGCUGCCAGGGCCUGAUGGACAGGCACCUGGAGAGCUCGCCCUGCACUUGGCCAUCAGAGUUGCCAGCCAGGCUUCUCUGCCGAUAGUGGACUUCCUCAUCCAGAAUGGUGGCCACUUGGAUGCCAAGGCUUCAGAUGGAAACACCGCCCUGCACUGCGCUGCGCUCCACGGCCAGCUGGACUGUCUCAAGCUGCUGCUGAAAGGGAGAGCUCCCGUGGGGGCAGUAAAUGAUGCUGGAGAGACAGCCCUGGACAUAGCCAGGAUCAGACAGCACAAGGAAUGUGAGGAGCUGCUGGAGCAGGCACAAGCAGGGACGCUCGCUUUCCCUCUCCAUAUGGACUACCACUGGGGACAUUCCAUGGAGCACGGUUUUGACAGUGAGGAGGAGGAGGAGGAAGAAAAGCACUGCCCUGUGAAGCCCCCAGCACAGGCCUGCUGUGGCAGUGGGAGGCUGGACAUCAGCAACAAGACCUAUGAGACUGUUGCCAACCCAGGAGCAGCCACCUCUCAGAGCCAAAGCGAGGAUAGUCCCCCGCCCCUGCCCAUCAAAAACUCUUCUCGGACCAUACUCCUCGGGCAAGCCGGACAUUCCAGUGGAGAUCGUUCUGACAUUCCUAGCCUGAGAUCAGAGUCUCCUGAGGCCCCUGAGAACCGGAGCAGCCCAGCAUCUUCCUCCUCCAGCCUCACCAGCUCUGUGGAACCUGGAGGGUUGAGCCAGGCCCCGUCUAGCCCUGAAGAAGGCCUCCAGGAGCCACCCAGCACUUCCCGACCUGGCCUGGCAUCUGGAACCACCCCUGCUGAGGUGUAUUUCCCUGUCAAGUUCAGCUCAGAGAGCACUCGAUCCUACAGACGGGGAGGCCGGAGUCUGGAAGAUGGUCCCUCUGCCCGGCAGCCUCUGUGUAGGAGGAACAUUCCGGUUGGCCUCAUAGAAGGAGAUGGCUCAAAGAUUGGGGUCCUCCCGGCAAAUACCCUGCAACUCUUGCAUGACUAGCUCCUUGCUGACCCCUCUGCAUGGCUCACACUGGACCCCAACAUUCAGAGCUGGGACUUGAGACCACAGAUCUGGGAGCUCGUCUUCCUUAUGGGAACCAUGACCCUGCCAAGGACACUGGCCCUUCUGUGUCGGGACUGAUGUCCUGGGCCAGACAGCCCAGGAGUUAGAUCUGACAAUGUCUGGAUCGGGUUAAGUGACACAACCUACUGUACCAGGAUUGUGUUUCUCUCUACAAGGGCGGGACCCGUUCGCCAUCAUUCACAUGCAGACACUGUCUCAUGGCCAUUUAUCAAUCUGGUGAUUUUCUUUCUGAAGUCUAGCUUUAUGUCCAGACCUUUCCUAGGUACUACAGAUGCCAUAUGAAUAAGAUACAGAUCCUGCAGGUGUGCUUCCUCACUGGGAAGCUGGGCUCAAGGACUGACUUGGGACGAGCAGACCCAGAUGGCAGAGGGAUGGCGCUGAGCUCAGGGCCCAGACUGACAUCAGCUGCUCUGUCUCGUCAUUGCAGUUGUUACAGCCCAGUUCGCAGGUGGCCAAGGCCUGUGAUGCCCAGGCUGAAGUACUCUGAAUGGCUCUGUUAGAGGGUAGUCUUCCCCUCCCUGGGGUCUGUGUUCCCAGCCUGGAAGUAGACUGUGACUCACCUGCCUUGAUCAACAGAAAGGAAAGGGAUGGUCGGGGUUGACUGAUCCCAUAUCUCUCACUUUCUUCUUGAUGAAAUCAGAAGCCUGGGGGAAGUGAGGGACCAGGAAAGGAGAAAGGCAUUGGGAAGAUAAGAGAAACUCCAGGAGUCUGCUUUCUAGGGCCAGGAAUCACACCAUUGCUCGGCCCCAAUUACAAAGCCAGACCUUCGGCAACCACGGACAGCUCUGCUUGACACCUGCUUGGUGGGGGGUCCUGCAGGGGUGGGCCAAGCUGCACAGGGGAGGCCAGAGGGCACCCAGUGAAUAGCCAGCAGUGCUGCUGGGAGUUGAACUGCUUGCCCUGGAUGCUGCUGUGUUCCUAGGUCCUAAAGCAGCAGGAUUGUUUCUGAGCCCCAGGUCAGCUUGUGUUCAUCUCAGACUUACUGUUUUACUUAUCUCUAAUAAAGGAUUCUUGGGGGGGAGGGACGAAUCCCCCUGGGAGAC